AUGGAUCUGGAGGUGAGGGAUGCGAACGCGUCGGACUGUUCGUCCCGGAAUGAGAGCGACAGCGGAGCUGACGCGUCCUCCGGUGGAAUGUCCACUGCGCUGGCCAGCGUGCUGAUCUUCACCAUCGUGGUGGACAUCCUGGGCAACGUCCUCGUCAUCCUGUCCGUGUACAGGAACAAGAAGCUGAGGAAUGCAGGCAACAUCUUCGUGGUGAGUCUGGCCGUGGCCGACCUGGUGGUGGCGCUGUACCCGUACCCCCUGGUGCUGACGGCCAUCUUCCACAAUGACUGGACCAUGGGCGACCUGCACUGCCAGGCCAGCGGCUUCGUCAUGGGCCUCAGCGUCAUCGGCUCCAUCUUCAACAUCACGGCCAUCGCCAUCAACCGCUACUGCUACAUCUGCCACAGCCUCCACUACGACCGGCUGUACAGUCUGAGGAACACCUGCUGCUACCUGGGCCUCACCUGGCUGCUCACCGCCCUCGCCACCGUGCCCAACUUCUUCGUGGGCUCGCUGCAGUACGACCCGCGCAUCUACUCCUGCACCUUCGCCCAGACGGUCAGCUCCUACUACACCAUGUCCGUGGUGAUCAUUCACUUCCUGAUCCCGCUGCUGGUGGUGUCCUACUGCUACAUGAGGAUAUGGGUGCUGGUGAUUCAAGUGAAACAUCGGGUCAAACCGGAGCUAAGGACUAAACUGAAAGCGAGCGACGUGAGGAACUUCCUGACUAUGUUCAUAGUGUUUGUGUUGUUUGCUGUGUGCUGGGCUCCGCUGAAUCUCAUAGGCCUGGCUGUGGCCAUAAACCCUGUAACAGUGGCGCCCCACAUUCCCGAGUGGCUCUUUGUCUUGAGCUACUUCAUGGCUUACUUCAACAGCUGCCUCAACGCCAUCAUAUACGGACUUCUAAACCAAAACUUCCGCAAAGAGUACAAGACGAUCCUGCUUUCUCUUUGCGUCCCGCGUCUGUUCCUCAUGGAGACGUCCAAGUGUGCCACCGAGGGACUGAGGAGCAAGCCCUCGCCGGCGCCGACCAACAAUAAUGUAGCGGAGCUACAUUUAUAA